GAACAUGCUGCCCCAGUGGGAGCUGGGCCCUAACAGAGAUGGAUGCUGUGCAGAGCGGAUGCUGAAGCUGACUUUGCUUCCAAGGCCCCGGUAGGGGGGAAAUCAACCCCCUGGCAGCUACCCCCCAGCUGGCUGCAGCUUCUCUCUGGGGCCUCCCUGGUGUGCUGAGCAGGGAAGCCGAAGGAUUCACACAGCAGGCUGCUAAAUCCGGAGUCAGUGGCCUGAUGGUCAGCGCUAUGAUGGAGGCUAAUAGGAGCCGCAGGGCCGAUGAGAUGGAAGCUCCCCCAGCUCCCUGGCUGCAGAGGUUUGACAAGCCUUCCCGUCUCCUCCUCCACACGCUGACGUCCGGGCCGUGCGGGGCGCUGGCUGCCUUCCGAGCCCUCCAGCGCAUCCAGGCGUGCGACGCGCCGGGGCAGGCGUUCCAUUGGCAGAUCUUCACCGAGACCUUGUGUGCUGAAGAGCCCGUGCUGCGGGGGCCCGAGAGGACCCUCACCCUGAGACCGAUACUGCUGCUACUUCCUGUGCUGUGCCAGAGAAAUCUCUUCUCCCUGCUACACAUGGUGCAGGGCAGCGUGCCGAAGGACUGCCUCAGCCAGCUGCUUCAGGCUACCAGGAAAGAUCCCAGCCCAGACCUUUGGGUGCAGGCCCUGCGGGAUCUACUUCAGAGGGGGCUGAGAGAAGAGAGGCGCUGUUGGACUCCGGUUCCACUGACAGACACGUGCCAGCAGCAGCUUAAAACUCUGUGCCAGAAGAUUGUGGGUGGCACUCAGAGCAAACUGGACUUGGAAAGGAAACGGAGCUGGUUCAUCCAGGAGCAUCCAGGCCCUGAACUCCGGCCAGCUGGGGAUGUGACCGACUCUGCAUCUCAGCUUAGGAAACGCAAGCAAGUAGCUGAGGAAAGUCUGGACCCCGAAGGGGAGAGGCAGAGGAAAAGGUCCCGGUUGGAAGAGGAGGAGUUAGACCUGGAACCUCUGGCAGGAGGCGCCUUGGUGAAAGGAGCUGGUGCUAGGGAGGAUGAGAUUGGUAUAGAGGCAUCUGGACAUGGGUCCAUUCAGAGUCAAACCAGGGGGGCCAAUGAAAAUGCCCAGCCGGACACCGUCAUGGAGACAAGAGAGGCCAGUCAGGGUUCCCAGCGGGACGCAGCAGCAAAAGUCCCUGAUUUUAUGCAGAUGCACGUGCCUAGACUGAAGAUGCUGCUAGAGAUGGAGUCAAAUCAAACAGAUGGGACUGUCCCUCCUGAACUGCAGAUCCUGAAUGAAUGCACCCCUGGCCAGCUGGAGGGACUGUGCUCAUUACUCCAGCUCUCAGAGCGUCCGGAACAUGUCCUCGUACAUUUCUGCACCUGGCUGCUGGCUCUCACGCCCAAGCUCAGCUACACUAACGCCGCGGUGCUGACGGAGCAGCUCUUCCUCCAGCGGGUUCUCUCGCUGGCCCAGCCGGCCUCCCGUCAUCUCAUGGCUGCGCUGACCUCGUUCUGUUCCAAGUAUGCUCGCCCAGUCUGCUGUGCCUUGCUCACUCCAGUCCUGCAGGCCUCGGGGGCAGGCCCCGAGCGGACAAAGCUAGUGUGCGAGCUGAUAGAGGACAGCCUGGAGCCAGAGUAUGUGAGGCUGGUACUCAGCCAGGUCCUUGAGAUGCCAUGGUCAGAGGAGCUCAUCACUGUUGUGCAGACAUUGCUGGGAAGGCAGGUGGAGCUGGCCCCUGAGCUCUUUAACCUCCUGGUCCUGAAACUGUGCCGGCUGGCCCAGGAGUUUGCUAGGUCAAUGAAUUACACCAAGCUGAUGAUGGCUGUGCUGACCAUAUACAGCAGCAGUAUUACUCCAGCCCAUCGGAGACAUUUGUCUGGUGCUCUGGAUCUCAACCACACAGCUCUCCGGAAAUCUCUGCAGGCUGCCCUGGAACAAAUGGCUCCCAGGUGAAGUAGCCCAUCCUAAUGGAACGGAAUGGUAUAAAUGUCUGCCUUCUCAGACUCCAGCCACCAAGGCUCUGUGCUUGGCCCUUCAUGCCACCAGUGACUGUGACGAGCACAGGACAAGGACCGCUUCCAGAGCUAGAGUUAGAGCCAGCGUAACGGAGGCUUGGAGAACAGGUUGUGCCAAGUAACGUCAGACUGGUGCCUGCAGAAUACACCUGAAACAGAGACAUCUGUUGAGUGACUGUAACGGGCAAACCUGGAUGCCCCUUCAACUAAAGAUUCUGUGUAUGGAAAAUCCCACAGCUGAGGAAGAUCUACAAUUCUAGGAGAACUCCCAGCAUAACUCUCCUUAUUAAUACCCCACCUGCCCCAGGUACCCCUGCAUUCCCACUUGGGCUGUUUUCUUGCAUAAAAACCCUUCAGACAUGGGGGCUCACUCUGUAUUUUUGGAUCUCCCAACGUGGAGGGUUUUCCUGGCUAAGCUAGCUCAGAGUUGAGCGAACCUCCUCUCUUUAGACCUAGUGAAACUAGUUUGGAUUAAAUAACUUCCUCUCCCUCAGAACGUGAACUGGACCUUCCUUGAGGUUCAAAGAUGACUCGGCCUUUUCACUUUCCUUCCUGCCUCCACAUUCUCCUUGGAAGUGCCAAAAUAUCUGAUGAGGCCAGACUACAAGCAAGUGGCACUAAAAGUCUCUUCUCAUUAAACUUGCAGCCCUGUUUUGAAGGCAGAUGGUUUUGGUAAGCUUGUGAUCUCCGGGGUGUUUAAUAACAUCUGCAAGUCGCAGUUAUCCCAUAAGUACAGUUUAUAAAGUGAGGAAUUAAAUGCUCGGGGCCGGUGUUCUGAAGUGUCUGUUCCCCCACUGCCCUCCGGAAAGGGCUUUAACCUGUGUUAUCUCAGUAAAGGAGACACCUUGCUUCUGCGUGUCUUCAGGAUUCCAUCUUGUCCCAUGUGCUCACUCCCUUUGGGUUCAUUAAACAUCCCAAGUGCUAUUAAUUGCUCACAAAAGCAUUUGUACCUAUUGUGUCUGUCUAAAACCUGAAGGAAAAUACAUUUGUAUUCUUUCUA